AUGGGCGCGCCACUUCCUCCGGUCUACGCCUUGCGGACGACGGAGGUGUGGCAGGCGCCAGCGGCCGACAGCAGCCGGCUCUUCACCCUUCAGGCAGCCGGACGAAGCUCAAAGGGCUUGGGCGGGAAGAUGUCUCGAUUGGACAAGGUAGGUCUCCUGUUCGUCAGGACAAGCCGUUGGAAGUGCCGUUGGAACAUGUUGUUGGAACGCCUGGAAGUGUUGGUGGAUCAGGUCUUCAUUGGCUUUUAA